AUGGGAAAUUAUAAAUCUAGACCAACCCAGACUUGCACCGAUGAAUGGAAGAAGAAAGUUAGUGAAUCGUACGCUAUAAUCAUAGAACGAUUAGAAGAUGACCUGAAAAUCAAAGAAAAGGAGCUGGCAGAACUGCAGCAUGUUUUUAGCUCUGAUGAAGCCUUCUGCAAAGUCAAUUUAAAUUACCGCACGGAAAAUGGGCUCUCUCUUCUGCAUUUGUGCUGCGUUUGCGGGGGUAACAAAUCACACAUUAGAACUCUCAUGCUGAAAGGACUGCGCCCAUCCAGAUUGACAAGAAAUGGAUUUACAGCCCUGCACUUGGCAGCUUAUAAGGACAGCGCAGAGCUGCUAACGGCGCUGCUGCACGGGGGAGCUGACAUCCAGCAGGUCGGGUACGGAGCUCUGACCGCCCUGCACAUCGCCACCAUCGCCGGUCACCACAAGGCUGUUGACAUUCUUUUGCAGCACGGAGCCUAUGUGAAUGUUCAGGAUGCGGUUUUUUUCACCCCACUGCAUAUUGCUGCCUAUUACGGCCAGGAACAGGUAACCCACCUCUUACUCAAGUUCGGAGCCGAUGUGAAUGCAAGUGGGGAGGUUGGAGACAGACCUCUCCACCUGGCCUCUGCCAAAGGCUUCCUCAACAUCACAAAGCUCUUGAUGGAAGAGGGAAGCAAAGCUGAUGUGAACGCUCAGGACAACGAAGAUCACGUUCCUUUGCACUUCUGCUGUCGCUUUGGACACCAUGAAAUUGUGAAGUUCCUGCUCCAGAGCAGCUUCGAAGUUCAGCCCCACGUGGUGAAUAUCUACGGAGACACACCUUUGCACCUUGCCUGUUACAACGGAAAGUUCGAAGUCGUCAAGGAGAUAAUUCAGCUCUCGGGAACGGAAAGUCUGACUAAAGAAAAUAUAUUCAGUGAGACGGCUUUCCACAGUGCUUGCACCUAUGGAAAGAACAUAGAACUUGUAAAAUUUCUUCUUGACCAGAAUGUUGUGAGCAUCAAUCACCAGGGAAGAGACGGACAUACAGGAUUGCACUGUGCCUGCUACCAUGGCCACAUUCGACUUGUUCAGUUUUUGCUGGAUAACGGAGCUGAUAUGAACCUGGUAGCUUGUGAUCCCAGCAGGUCCAGCGGAGAAAAGGAUGAGCAGACCUGCUUGAUGUGGGCGUAUGAGAAAGGCCAUGAUGCCAUCGUGACCCUUCUGAAGCAUUACAAGAGACCUCAGGAUGAAUCGCCCUGUAAUGAAUACUCGCAGCCUGGAGGAGAUGGUUCCUAUGUGUCAGUUCCAUCCCCUCUGGGAAAGAUUAAAAGCAUGACGAAAGAAAAGGCAGAUGUUCUUCUGCUCCGUGCUGGUUUGCCAUCCCACUUCCACCUUCAGCUCUCCGAAAUAGAGUUCCAUGAGAUUAUCGGCUCAGGGUCUUUUGGAAAAGUAUAUAAGGGACGAUGCAGAAAUAAAAUUGUUGCAAUCAAACGCUAUCGAGCCAAUACCUACUGCUCCAAAUCUGAUGUGGACAUGUUCUGCCGUGAAGUUUCCAUCCUCUGCCGGCUGAACCAUCCCUGUGUCAUCCAGUUUGUGGGAGCGUGCCUCGAUGACCCGAGUCAGUUUGCGAUAGUCACUCAGUACAUUUCUGGAGGAUCGCUCUUCUCCCUGCUUCAUGAACAGAAGAGGACUCUGGAUCUGCAGUCUAAAUUGAUCAUUGCUGUAGAUGUGGCCAAAGGCAUGGAGUACCUCCACAACCUCACACAGCCCAUCAUCCAUCGUGAUUUGAACAGGUAAGGUUCUUUCUUUAAGCACU